AUGAUUCCAUUCAACCUAUGCGUUGCAAUGGUAUGGUGGAACUACCGCCUCUGUGUAAUCACGCCACCAGGCCACGUUCCAGCCGGCUGGCGGCCCGACGCGAGCGGAGAAGGCAUCGAAGUCAAGAGGGGCAACUAUGCCCCGCGUUACUGCAAGAUGUGCGAUCACUUCAAGCCGCCGCGCGCACAUCAUUGCCGACAGUGCAAGACUUGUGUCUUGAAGCUCGACCACCACUGCCCUUGGAUCGCUAACUGCGUAGGGUUUUAUAACCACGGUCACUUUAUUCGAUUCCUCCUCUGGGUCGAUAUCGCUACCACGUUUCACCUCGUCCUCAUGGCAGGAAAGGUGUACGAGUUCGUCAAGGAGCCUUGGAUGGAGCCCACACUCACGGAACUCCUCAUGAUGGUGUUCAACUUCGCAGCGUGUGUCCCGGUCUGGCUCUGCGUCGGCAUGUUCUCAAUCUACCACGUCUGGCUAGUUUCAAGCAACACAACAACCAUCGAGCGCUGGGAGAAGGACAAGGUAUCCACCCUCGUGCGACGGGGCAAGAUCACCGCCAUCCGCUUCCCCUACAACGUCGGCUUCAUGGGCAACAUGCGCUCGGUCCUGGGUCCCCGGUGGUAUACGUGGCUGUGGCCGCAACAAAUGCAGGGCACGGGGUUGAGCUAUGCAGUCAACCCCGAGGCGGGCGAAUCGAGUGUACAGUACAUGUGGCCGCCCCGAGAGCAGCAUUCCGAGCCCGUCCCGCUGCCCAUGGGUUCACCGUUUGUGUACGGCGACGGCUUCAAUCCCGCCCUCAAGGCGAGUAGUGGCGCCAGAAGAGCGAGGGAUGGAUGCGCGACGUACACGGCGCCAUGGGAGACUGCGGUGGAUGAGGACGGGAACGCGAUUGACGACGAGAGCGACGGCACGUCCUCGACACCAGAGUUCUACCUGAGCGAUUAUGACGACGAGGACGAGCCGCUCGCGUACACGUCGGCGCGCGUGCGGCGUGGCAGCGAGGGGUGGGAGGUGCGGCCGGCUAGUGUUGGCGGUGGCGGUCCGGCGGGGUGGAACGCGGGUGUUGCCCAACUCGACGCGCUGGCGCAGGCCCACACCAACGCGCAGUAUCCCUGGCAGCGACCGGGGCGGUACAACGUAUACUCUGAUGAGGUAUAG